AUGUUAUCAACUGCUCAACAACCACAUAGAAGAGGUCAUCGUCACAAGAGAUCUGCUGCUAUUAGUGGUGAUUUUGAUUCUAUUGGUAUGGAUUUUUUCAAAUCUCCUCCUUCAAAUACUAUAAUUCAAGAUAAUAAAGAAAUUGAAAUUAAUUCUUUACCAAAAGAUUAUAGUUUCGGUUCGAAAAGAUUUAAUCAACCUCAACCUCCUUCUUUAGUUAUAACUGAUGAAAAUAAUCAAAUUGAAAAGGCAAAUCAAUCAAAUACAUCAAGAAAUACAUCAAACACAUCAAAUACAAAUUCUUCAUCAUCUCCCAUGAAAAAACAUACAAGACUAAAUUCUUGGGCUCAUUCUUUAAUGAAAAAAGAUGAACCAAAACAACCACAACAAUCACAACAACAACAACAAACUUAUCAAUCUCCUUCACCAAAUGAUUCUUAUAAAUCAAAUCAAUUCAUUUAUGGACCUGCUCCAACUUCAAAUUCUCAAUAUUAUGAUAUCCCAGAAGCUAUAAUUGAUCUUGAUAAAGCUCAAGAAUUAAUUUAUGAUCCAAAUAAUAUUAAUUCAAUUCCAAGAAAAAAAUUUUUACAUAGAAGAACUGAAUCUGCUCCUGAAUUAGAAGAUUUUUUAAAAUUUAAAGUUUUCUCUAAUGAUCAAAAUAAUCAAUUAAAUAAAAAUAAUGACUUUAUGAAUAAUGAUAAUAAUAAUAAUAACAAUACAUUGACUACCAAUAACAAUAAAAACUCUAAGAACAGUGCAAUUUUUGAAGAAGAUGAAGAAGAUGAAGAUGAAGAUAUAAUUAGUUCAACUUCUUCAGGUUUAGAUUCAAAUUUAACAAAUUUACCAAAAAAUGAAUCAACACAUUCUUUAAAUUCAAAUAAUUCUUUAAAUUUUAAAUUACAAAGUCCUGCUACAAUGAAUUCAAACUCAAAUUCAAUUUUUAAUACUCCAACUUCAAUUAAAACAAAUCAACAACAACAACAACAACAAACUACUGCACGUCGUGGUGGGGCAAAUGCUGCAAGAUAUCAAUCAUAUUAUAAAAAUUCAUUAGCUUUAUCAAAUGCUUUAAAAUCUUCAGAAUCUUUAUCACAAAUAACUGGAAGUACAAAUGGAACUGGUGCUCAAAGUUUAAAUAAUAAAUCUUCAAUUUCAAGUUUUGGUCAAAAUUCUUCUUUAUAUAAAAAUCAACAUUUAUCAUCAGCUUCUUCUUCUAUAACAUCAUCAUCUGCUUUAAAUUCUCCUUCAAGAUUUAAAUUUGAAUCAAAAGUUUAUGAUAUGCCUGAUAAAGAAGAUGAAAGACAUACAUUUAAUCAAUCAUCUACAUCAUCAUCUACAUCACGUCCACAAGCAUCAAGUACAAAUAUUUCAUCACCAAUAAGUUCAUCAUCAAUAACAUCACCAACAAAACCUUCAAGACAAAUUUAUAUUCAUAAAAAAUCAAAUUCUUUAUUAAAUUCAAUAAAUUUUAAAAUUCGUCGAAAUUCAAAUAAUUCAUUAAAUUCAAAUUUAUUAUCAUCAAUUUCAAAAUCUUCAACAAGUUUACAAAAUGAAGAAAAUAAUGAACAAGAUCAAGAUGAAGAAAUUGGUGAUAAAACUUUAACACCACAAUUUAAUUUUGGUGAACCAGGUCCUGAAUUAGAUUUAAUUACAAUGACACCAAAAAUUAAUAAAAUAAAUAAAAAUUCAUCUCCUGAUUUAAAUAAUUAUCAGGAUUUCGAAAUCACACCAAAAUCAAUUAAAUCUGAUGCAAUUCAAGAAACUCCAAAAAGAACAAAUCAUAAAAAAUUUUUCAAUUGGUUGAAAAAAUAA